AUGAUGAAGUGCUACUUUGAGACGGAACAUGCGAGAUGGCCCAAGUGGUUAGAGCGCGAAUUCACUGACCGGAAGGUCCUUGGUUCGAACCCGACCUCUGCCUCUCGACUUCCCCCGUCUAGGCUUGGGCAACCUGGUACUAUCCCAGCUCUCGUGCAACCUUCGGGUGGCAUGGCAAGAUACGGUGUUCGCACCACCAACCGCGUGAAGCAAUCCAUCGGCUAUGUUGGUAGCUCUGUGUGGAAAUGUUCAACGGUUGUCCGCCCCACUUCGGCAAUUGACCUCUCGCUUGUCACUCCAUACCCAACGAAGAAUCGUAGAAAAGUGUGCUUUUCGAUCUACAACAUAUUUCACUUUAGGAAUGCCGGCACAAAGCGAUUAUUUGAGGUCAAACCGUCGGAUUUCUUGAACGCGCGGGCUCUGGACACACUCCAUUUUUACACUAUGUUAGGUCUUGUUCCAUGCCUCGUGCUAGUGUUCCUCGUCAAUGUGUUUGUCGGGCCUGCCGAACUAACGGACAUACCCGAAGGGUAUGAACCACGUUAUUGGGAGUAUCACAAGCAUCCUAUAUCACGGUUUAUGGCGAAGUACAUGUCUCCACACCCGCAAAAGGUGUACGAGUCCUUCCUUGGUCAAUUGGAGGAUAUCCGUGAACAGAAAGAACUGAUUUUUGAGGAUCGAUGGCUCCGCAGUUCUGACCGUGCUCACGGAGACUACCGGGGUUGGUACUUCAUUCCGGCCAAUCCUGCUGGAGUGAAUCGCGCACGGAAGGAGUUAGAACUGGACCAGGAGAUGGGUGAACUCGAUCGAUGGCUCCGCAGUUCUGACCGUGCUCACGGAGACUACCGGGGUUGGUACUUCAUUCCGGCCAAUCCUGCUGGAGUGAAUCGCGCACGGAAGGAGUUAGAACUGGACCAGGAGAUGGGUGAACUCUGGUUAGAAUUUACCGACCGGAAGGUCCGUGGUUCGAGCCCGACCUCUGCCUCUCGAUUUCACCUGUCGAGGCUUGGGCAAUCUGGCAAUAUGCCAGCCCCUGUGCUUCCAUCUGCUGACAUGGCAGUUAGGCACCGAAAGGGUGCUACAGCUGAACGAUUACUGUUAUAUCUACUGAUUCGUCAAUCUGUGGUAUCUGCUGCUGACCCGCUCCAGUGCCUAGUGUCGGAGAGAAGAGACUCACAGAAGGGAACACAACAGCUGUAUUCCGAACAAGCGAGUGUGAGAGCAAAAGUUACAACGGCCCCACGCUAUUUAAAGGGGACUUUCUGA